GACGAAACCCCUCCUUGCCCGCCUGUCGCCUUUGUCAAUACUAGAGAGAGAUAGAUACACACGGACCGAGGCAGUGCGAAGGCCCGGAGAACCAAACGAGUACUGGGGAGAGAACGGAACGCUGCACCGAAGAGGCUUACUCUAUCCAUGUACUUGGCUGACGCCGGGGGCCCCUUUGUCCGUCCCCUCUACUACGACACAGACUGUCGCAAACGCUAUGUGGCAUCGGUCAAACAGGCGAGAGCAGCGAUCACCUUCCUCGCGAACCCCUUCCCUCUCAAACCGUCCCCGCCUUGCGCAGAAAUAUUGAUUGACUAUUUCACACACACACAUACACACACAUACACACACACACACACACACGACACGGAAAAGGAGAAUAACGGCAGGACAUGUACCCGUAACUGCGUGCUCUAUAGUGCUGUAUGCCGAGUGUGCCUCGACAUUUGCCCCCCGGAUGGUUUCCAACCCGCCUCAGGAGCAGGACGGCGUGGCAAGGCAGGUUAUAUAGUGCUUCGCAGCUGCACGUGGUGUGGUGUGGUGGCAGAGCUCAGACUCUCACGCUUGUUCGCCCGUUUCGAGGAUCGACGACAUGGCCGUUGGCGGGAUUUGCCCGCCGCAUUUUUGACGCCGCAAGGCAUGUAGACUGACGUGACGAGGCGUGAGGGCAUCCAGCUUACGUAUCCAGAGGCUUGAGCGACGAAGGCCGGGCACUUAUUUGACUACAUCAUCCGUCCAGAGUCACUGCUAGGGCUGAAUCGAAACGGACCAAAAUACACGACUAGACAACACGCAGCGAGCUUCUAUUAAGUAUUAAGUGGAUGCGAAUGAGCUGACACUAGCCCUAAUGGCCAGCACAGACAGUUUCAUGCAGUCUUUGUCCAUCAACAGCAACAUCUCCAAACUCGAGUCUGACAAUUCCUGACCCUUGCCCGAGAGUUGAACCAAACACAAGAGGUCCGUCCAUCCU